AUGGGUCAGGGCGGGUCUUUGUUUUCGGGUUCCACGUGUCUCGCGCAGUUCGGCCCGGGCCUGGUGCUGGUGGACCUGGACUCCGCGGUGCCGGCGAGAGGCGUGGCGCCGCUGGCGGCGCAGCUGCGGUGGCUGCGGCUGGCGCAGCACUUCGACCCGGCCAGGGACCCCUGCGAGCCCGCGCAGGCGCUGGCCAUGCAGGACUUCUUCGGGCGGGUGCCGCGGUGGCGCCUGCGCCUGGCGGGGCUGCGCUUCGGCCUGGUGGCGGGGCAUUUGCUGCGCUCGGAGGUGGAGGCGGCGCUGACCGGGGUGGCGGUGGCCCUGUGCACCUCGGAGGAGCCCACUUCGACAAGGUGUGACCUGGUACUCGUGGAGCCUCAUGAGGCACCCAUCAAGUUUGUGGCCUACGCCUUUGUCCACUGCUUCGACUUUAAAGCUGGGGAGGUGGUGGUCUACUCCCCCUGCACGGCUCAGCAGUUGGAGUCCGUGGACCUGGUGCUACGUGGGGAGGUGGCCUGGGAGCCCAACAGCACGCGGAACCUGAAGCUGGGGGACGGGAGGCCGAGUCCGCUGCAGCCCUACAGCGCCCCAUGGCUGCUGGAGGGCAUGGGCGUCGGCUCGCGGGUGGUCACCACCAAGGGCAACCUCAAGAGGAGCCGCCGGGAGACGGAGAAGUCAGGGGACAUGGAACUGAGUUCCCGCUUUGUGGGUCUGAAGGAUGCCGCUUUGGACCCAGUGGAGCAGCAGCUGGUCGCCUCUUCGGAGCUGCUGAGGCUCUUGGCCACCGCUGGGCUUCUAGCCUCAGCGCUGGCCAAAGCCACGUCCGAGAAGGUGGCCACUGUGCUGAAGCAGUCGGAUUCGGGCAGGAAGUUGCCAGCCUGGGUCAUUGCUCGGUGCAUUGCUGGCCUUGCCGUGGCUGUGCCAGCAAAGUAUGUGAUGCAGGCGCUGGCCCUCUUAGCACGGGCCGCCGCAGCGCGGAUUGUGGAGCUCCUUCCCGAGGAGCGUGCGCAGAUCUUCUGGAGCCUGAGCUUGCAGGGCUGCUAUGAGGCCAUCUUCGAUUCAGUGAUGGAGCAAACUCCUUGGACCCAGUGGGCCCCAAAGCCGCAGGAGGAGCUUCUCGCUGGAGAGAAGACCGUAGAGCCGAACGCCAAGCUGGUGGCACUCUGGCAGGUGCACUUGGCGGACCUGGCCUUGCGCUUGGAAGGGGGAAGCCAACGCCACGGCCUCUCGAACUCGCAGAGGAAGCACGUGCACGAAGCGGCGACCAUCAUGCAGCAGAUGCGGCAAGAGGUUUGCCCGGAGGCGCCUGCUAUCACGACGGCGCUGGGUGCCAUGGGUAUCGAGUACGCCGUGAAUGCCACGACGCCGGAAGGCUUGCCAAUGGGCAUCCGCGUGCCCUCCAUGAAUCCAAGGGGGUCGGCUCCCGCAGUGUCCAUCGAGGUGGAUCAGCCGGGCGACUUCCUGUUGGACAUCGACUCAGGCUGCGCGCACCGAUUUCCGCCGACCUCGCUGAGGAGACGGCUGCUUUGCAAGCUAGGGUACUCAGUGGUCGUUUUGCCCUGGUACGAGGUGAGUGGGUGCGACCAAGAGCAGCUGCAAGCACUGCUCAAAGCUCGCUUGGCGGUGGUACCUCCGUCCCCGCGCUUCCGCGACAGCAGUGAGCGCAGCGGGCCUCGGACUCGUCAGGCGGUCCCAGAGCCUCAAGCGACAGGAGGCCGGCGCCUCACGCCGGACACAGGGGGCAGCCCUCCGGGCAGCGCCGAAGCCAGCAGCAGCGAGCUGUCAGGUUUCCCGCCCAUGCCUGCCCCCUUCAGGAUGAGGCCUCCGCCGGGUUUGAUGGGUUGACCUGCGAGCCGUCACCUCAAGGCCAAUUGCCGGCGCGGCCCUCGGCUCUGCCGAUGGCUUUUGGAAGGCGCCCGGCGAUGCCUUUGCUGCUCUGGGAUUUGCAGCGUGGAAUGCGACCAUUCCUGGCUGCAGAGUCGCAGGGGCGUACCAUACGCAGGGAGCUAUGAUUUCUUGCAACUCUCUGGCUGCCGCUCCAUCCGAGUCCGCUAUAAAAGAACGCUGAAGCCGCAUCAGCAAAAACAGGCAUAGCGUUUUGUAUUACACGGGAGAUGGUAGCUGGCUGCAUGUACCAUAUCGCGCCACAGGACAGCAGUGGUAGUACAGGCCCUGCCUAGUGGCCAUAAGGCUCUUGGCCUUGAGAUGGAUUGGAG